AUGAGGGUGAUACUGUUGGCUGUGGUUUACAUCCCCUUCACCGUGGCCAUGGAACGAAUCCCUCUCAUUCGAUUCAAAUCUAUUAAGAAACAGUUGAAGGAAAGGGGAGAAUUAGAGGAAUUCUGGAGGAAUCACCACCCCGACAUUUUUGCCCGGAGGUACCUGCAUUGCUUCCCUGCAGAUAUUGCUUUAUCAGUAGGAACCACUUCAGAAAGGCUGUAUGAUUACAUGAAUGCGCAGUACUACGGAGUUGUGAGUGUCGGCACGCCGCCACAGAGGUUCACCGUCGUGUUUGACACCGGCUCCUCCAAUUUUUGGGUCCCUUCUGCUUAUUGCAUCAGUGAAGCAUGCAGGGUGCACCAGAAAUUUAAGUCCUUUCUGUCGGAUUCGUAUGAGCACGGAGGGGAAGCUUUCUCCUUGCAGUACGGCACGGGACAGCUUCUGGGCAUUGCUGGCAAAGACACGCUGCAGAUAAGUAACAUCUCCAUCAAGGGACAGGACUUUGGCGAGUCGGUGUUUGAGCCAGGAACAACCUUUGCCCUUGCCCACUUUGAUGGCGUGCUGGGCUUGGGCUACCCCUCCUUAGCAGUGGGCAAUGCUCUGCCCGUGUUUGACAGCAUCAUGAACCAGCAGCUGGUAGAGGAGCCGGUCUUCUCCUUCUAUCUGAAAAGAGGAGAUGAUGACACCGAGAACGGUGGUGAGCUGAUUCUGGGGGGGAUAGACCAUUCCCUCUACAAAGGUUCAAUCCACUGGGUCCCAGUCACGGAGAAAAGCUACUGGCAAAUACACCUGAACAACAUAAAGAUCCAGGGCCAGGUGGCAUUUUGCUCCCAUGGCUGCGAAGCCAUCGUUGACUCAGGCACUUCUCUUAUCACCGGCCCCUCUUCACAAAUCAGGCGAUUACAGGAGUAUAUUGGGGCAAGCCCGUCGCAUACUGGAGAGUUUCUCGUAGACUGCAGAAGACUGUCCAGCUUGCCUCACAUAAGCUUCACGAUCAGACACCACGAGUACAAGCUGACAGCAGAGCAAUACAUCAUAAAGGAGUCUAUUGAAGACGAAAGCUUCUGCAUAAGCGGCUUUCAGUCUCUCGACAUCACCACUCGCACCGGCCCGCUCUGGAUUUUAGGAGAUGUCUUUAUGUCUGCGUUUUACUGCAUUUUUGACCGUGGGAAUGACAGAGUGGGAUUUGCAAAAGCUGUUCAUAGGAAGGAUUACUACUGA